AUGGUUACGUCUGCCUGGAAAACAAAACAUGGAUUCGAAGUCAGAGACAUCGCAAAAAACCUUUUUACCUUACGUUUUUUCUCUGAACAAGACAGGGACAACGCUCUGAAACUAGGACCCUGGAACUUUAACCACAACCUCAUCAUCCUCAGGGAGCUGGCCCCGGACGAGAACCCGAAGGAAGUUGUGCUGGCCCACACCCUAUUUUGGGUUAGGGUUUAUGACCUUACUAUGAAUCUGCGCUCAGAGCAGAUGGCUAAAAAGCUUGGAGAUUUCUUGGGCACUUUUGAAGCCUGGGACAGCAAGGAGGAGCAGCGCUUGGGAAACUCUCUACGCCUCAGGGUUUGGUUAGAUGUAACCAAGCCCCUCAAGAGGGGAACGGUGAUUCCCAAAUCUGGUAAACCCCCUCUGCGAAUCCUCUUCAAAUAUGAACGCUUGGCAGAUUUCUGCUUCGGAUGCGGAGCCUUGGACCAUGUCCUCCGCUAUUGUGAUGACAAAGAAGAUACUUGGCAGGAGGAAGAUGAAGCGAACCUCCCCUAUGGACCUUGGGUGCGUGCUUCCCCACUCAAACCCACGAAUACUACAGUUAUGAGACAAGAGGGUAGAAUAUCCCUGGCAAAGAAGAACCUUUUCACUGAAGCAGGGAACAGCUCUACCGUACCAGGCUCCACUCACCCAAAAGAAAAAGAUUCUGGAAUAAUGCAGGAACCCACCAAAGGAAGUGAGGAAGUGAACAAUGAAACUAGUGGAGAUGAAGGGACCGCACUAAAUUCCACCGGCAAAGACCCAAAACAGGGGACCACUCCCUUAAAGAAUCCCACCCCCAUAUUAAAUGUGGAGUUGGGUCUAGUGGAAUCAUUGGGUAAUUUCUCUCUUCACAACGAGCAGGCCUCUUUGCAACCCCCAAAGCUCAUUAACUCCCCCAUAAUCACGACAAACCAAGGGGAAACCACAAUAACUGUUUCUCCCCAUGACCCCAACAAGACGCAAAAACUGAGGAAAGAGCAACAGGACAACGCCCCAGACCCGCAAGAAAGCGAUGUGGUCCCCAAAACCCCACCGGAGCCAAUUGUGGCCAGAAAUAUGAAAUUGUGGAAGAGAAAGGCUCGGGAUUGCCCAGAGGAAAAACACAAUACCCAUGUUAGCCAAGGAGACCUGAAGAGGAAAGACUGUGUUGAGGAUGAAACCUCCCUCAUGGAUACAGAUCCUGCACCAGCCCCACAAAACAACGAUUAUCAUCGGUGGAGACUGCCCAGCAGUCCCGCCGGUCCCAAUGAAAAUCUUAAGCUGGAAUUGCCGCGGGCUUGGGACCCCGGAGGUAACUGUCAAGCCGGAGGAUUGGCCCUUUACUGGAACUCAGGACUGGACCUCUCUAUUCUCUCACACUCUCUCAACCACAUCAACUUCCAGUUUCCCCUUCACCAUGUCAACAAAACAGCAAUAGGUACGGGAUUCUAUGGUCAUCCAGAAAAGCAACAAAAAUGGAGAUCAUGGGAACUCCUCCGAAGCCUUAAACCAACAAACCACCUUCCCUGGUUAUGCUUCAGAGACUUCAAUGAAAUUCUUUGCCAAGAUGAAAAGAAAGGUGGCCUUGCCUGGGAUUGCAACCAAUCUAUGGCCUUUCAUCAGGUUAUCACAGAAUGCAACCUACAGGACUUGGGAUUCUCCCACCCUAUCUACACUUGGUCCAACAAUAGACCUCUUCCCCACACCAUCGAAGAGCGUAUAGAUAGAGCCCUGGCCAACAGCAAUUGGCAACAAUCCUGGAAAUCCAUCCAGGUCACUCACAUCCCAAGGUUUGACUCCGAUCAUUCCCCCAUCACAAUCUCCUGCUCCCUCAAGCAAAAAAAGAAAAGAAAGCGAGUGAGACUCUACAGGUUCGAAGAGAUGUGGCUCAAAGAUGCAGACUGUAAAGAAGUGAUUGCUACAAGCUGGAGGCAUACCCGUGGAGGUGCAGAUCGCCGUCUUACUGCCACAGGAGCUAACCUCGAUGCUUGGGGCGAAGCUCGUUUUGGUAAUCCUACCAGGAAGGUCAACAAACUAAAAGACAAGCUGAAAUCCUUACACGAGCAAGACCAAACUGAAGCAGUUAUUCUGGAGACCAAGAAGACAGAAAGUGAACUCCAUGAAUUUCUCCAACAUGAAGAAAUUUUUUGGUGCCAAAGAUCGAGAGCGUCGUGGCUGGCUCACGAGGACAAAAAUACAAGCUUUUUCCACAAGAAAGCUUCACAGAGAAAAUCCAAGAACACUAUUGAAUCUAUUGAAGAUGACAGAGGCAACAGGUUUGUGGAAGAUGAGGACAUUGCAGAGGUCAUAAAUGCUUACUUUGGUAAUCUCUUCACGACCUCCACUCCCCCUUCUUUGGAUACAGACCCUGCGUCCCUUGUACAAGGAAGGAUCACUGAGUCCCACAAACUCAUUUUGAACAGCCCCUAUAUUAGUUUGGAAGUAGAGGAAGCAUUGAAGUGCAUGCACCCUACAAAGGCCCCAGGUAGCGAUGGAACCCGAACACUCUUCUACAAGAAGUUUUGGGACAUUGUUGGUGAAGAUGUCACUGACCUUGUCCUCCAAAUCUUAAAUGGCCAGAAAUCCCCCAAAGACAUUAGCCACACUCUUAUUGUCCUCAUCCCAAAAAUCAAGAAGCCGACUCAUACUAGCCACUAUCGGCCCAUUAGCCUCUGCAACACUCUCUUCAAGUUGGUAACCAAGGUGAUUGCAAACCGCUUAAAGCUCAUUCUCCCGGAUAUUGUAUCUGAAAACCAAAGUGCCUUUGUCCCGAACCGUUUGAUCACGGACAACGCAUUGGUGGCCUUUGAAUGCUUUCACCAUAUGAAGAGUAAUAGAAGCAGGUCUGGUAAUAUUGCACUCAAACUCGACAUGACCAAGGCCUAUGAUAGAGUUGAGUGGUCCUUUCUUGAGCGCACCCUAACUCAUUUUGGCUUCCCCCCUCAGUGGAUCAAGGUUGUGAUGGGUUGUGUGAACACCGUUACUUUCUCAGUCUUGAUCAACGGUAGCCCUGACAAGUGUUUCGCUCCAGGUAGAGGUCUUAGACAAGGCGACCCUCUAUCACCCUACCUCUUCAUUCUCUGUGCAGAAGUUCUCUCAGCCAUGUUCCAGCAUGCUAUUGCCUCAAAGACCCUCUCAGGUAUCCGUAUCACCCCAAGAGCCCCUGUAAUUUCACACUUAUUUUUUGCAGAUGAUAGCAUCAUAUUUGCAAAGGCUUCCACUCAAGAGGCAGCAACCAUCCUUCACAUUCUCCACUCCUAUGAGGCCGCUUCAGGGCAAAAAAUAAACCUUGAUAAAUCAGAAAUUUCUUGGAGCCGUGGUGUCCUCAAGACCCGAGUGGAUGAACUCAAACUUCUCCUGCAAAUGAAAGCCGUGGCAAGCCAUCCGAGAUACCUUGGCCUCCCAACUCUUGUGGGUCGGUCCAAAACCCAAGUCUUUUCCUUUGCUCGUGAUCGGGGGUGGAAAAAGUUGAAGGGUUGGAAGGAACGCACCCUUUCUAGAGCCGGACGGGAGGUGCUAGUCAAAUCAGUAGCACAAGCUAUCCCUACCUACAUUAUGGGAUGCUUUGCUCUCCCCAACUCUCUUUGCAAUCAUAUUGAAAGCCUUAUAAGCCGCUUCUAUUGGGGAGGAGAUGUGGACAAAAGGAAACUUCAUUGGCUUAGCUGGGGGAAGAUCACAAAGAGGAAAGCAAAAGGGGGAUUAGGCUUCCGCAGCAUCAAAGAAUUUAACCAAGCUCUUCUGGCCAAACAAUGGUGGAGGUUGAGAACAAAUCCCAAUUGUUUACUUGCUAGGAUCCUGAAGGCUAGAUACCACCCUUCUUCUGAGCUAGCAAAUGCCCAAAUUGGCUAUCACCCAAGCUACACUUGGAGAAGCAUCCUAGGAGCAAAAUCAGUGAUAGACAAUGGGUCAGCUUGGAGAAUUGGAAACGGUAGAUCAGUUAGAAUCUGGAAAGACAAAUGGUUGCCCCACAUGCUAACACCAAGGACUGGGAUUGGAAUUAAUACUUCAGAUAUGCUUCCAGUUUGGGUCUCAGAGCUAAUAAACAAUGAGACACAUACGUGGGACACACGCAAGAUUGCUGAAUUCUUCACCCAACCAGAAGCGGAAAUGAUCCUCAAGAUUCCUCUACCAUCACAACCAAGAGAUGACCAACUCAUGUGGACCCACACUAAGCAAGGCAUCUACUCGGUCAAGUCGGGACACCAUUCCAUUCUUUCAAGCAAUGAUGAAGCCUCCACCUCUAAUCCUACUACAAGCUCCAUUUGGUCUAACAUUUGGGAGGUUGAUAUCCAGCCUCGAUGCAAAGAGUUCAUUUGGAGAGCAGCCCAAAACGCUCUCCCUGUGAAAGCUAACCUGAUUCGAAGAGGCAUUCACACUGACCCCAUUUGUCCCAUGUGCGGCGAUGAUAGAGAAUCAACCUGCCAUGCUAUUCUCACAUGCCCCGAGGUUAGAGCUAUCUGGUUUUCCUCCCCUCUCGGGCUCCAUAUAAAUCUAACAGAGGGUAUGAGUUUCAAAGAGUGGCUUGAACAUCUGCUGUCCCAUCUCCCUAAUACUGGUCAACAAUGGCUCUUCUCAGUGGCAUGGGCCAUCUGGAAAAGAAGAAACGCAUGGCUCUUUGAGCAAAAGCGUGUGGCCACUGAUAAAGCCACUGAACAAGUCCUUAUCCAAGCAUCCAGAAUGGUGACCCCUGAACCAGAACAAAAUCAAAGCCAGUCGAACCAAUCCCCCCCGAUUCCCCCUCGUUGGAAGCCACCAGGAAUAGGAACGAUCAAAGGGAAUUUUGAUGCCUCCAUUCGCGAAAACAGGGGGACAGGACUGGGACUGAUCUUCAGGGAUCAUGCAGGAAAACUCCUUGCGGCUGGUACCUCCUUUCUCCAGACAGAAUUCGAACCAGUUAUUGGAGAGGCUAUUUCUCUUCGAAGAACCAUCACCCUGGCCGGAGAACUGGGUUUCCAUAACCUUGAACUGGAAUCUGACUGCCUUCAACUUGUCCAAGCUUGGAACAGGACGACCCCUCACAACAAUUACCUGGCCUCAGUUGUUCAGGAUUGCAAAUCACUUUCUGUCUCCCUAAAUUUAAGUUGUUUGAAUCAUUGUAAUAGAUUGUCCAAUGCUGUUGCGGACUAUCUAGCUAAGUUAGCUUUUGAGCACCAGGAUCAGAUUUGGGUAGGAUUUGAUCCCCCUGGUACAUCUAUUUUGAUCCAGCAAGAUACUGCUAGUUGUACCCGUUUUGAGGCUUCUACCUCUUGA